ACAAGGCCAACCCGCCAUUCCCCAAUGAACCUCAAAAUCUAAAAAAAAACUUUUCACUUUCUAUUUCUUCUUUAACAGUUGAUCAUCAUCAUCAGCUAGUUGUUGCUGCAAAUUAAGAAAAAAAAGAAGAGGAGGAAGAAAAAGCCAUGGCUAUGAAGUCAACUUUACUCUUGUAUAAGUCUAAAAGCUUCUCAGAAAACCCAACCAAACCUUGUUAAAAGGAAAACUACUUUUUCUCCCUCUUCGCUCUCUUAAUAGCUCAACCAAGAAACUCCAAAAGUCUGUAAUCUUGGUAUUUAGUUCAAGUUUGGUUUUUUUGUACACAAACAAUAGAAAAGGGAGGAUUAUUAUUUGGUCUUUUGUGGGUGUCACCUAACUUUUAUUUUUUUUCACUUGGUGAGAAAAAAGGGUUUCUUCUUUUUCACACUGUUUCUGCUUGGUUUCAUCACGGAUCCAUUUUCUCUCUUUCUCCCUCUCUCUCUAAACGAGAAAAGAAACGUUGGAUUUAUAUAUUUUGGUGGAUCUAAAAUUAGUAAAGCUGGGGAAGGAAGGUAGAGGAGAGUCUGUUCUCAGGGUCUUUGUAUCCAUGGGAAAUUGUUGGACUGCCAGAAUCAAAGCUGAGAGUCCUUAUCACACAGGUGGGAAUUUGCAAUAUGUUAGCAAUGACGGAAAUGCUCUAAGUGGCAGUUCAAGUGGGAAGGUGUCGUCAAAUUCGGUUCCUCCGACACCUCGAAGUGAAGGGGAAAUAUUGCAGUCCACCAACUUAAAAAGCUUUAGUCUUAGUGAACUUAAAACUGCAACCAGGAAUUUUCGCCCUGAUAGUGUAUUAGGAGAAGGUGGUUUUGGUUCAGUUUUUAAGGGCUGGAUUGAUGAAAAUGGCGCUACAGCUACAAAGCCUGGAACAGGCACAGUUAUUGCUGUAAAGAGGCUUAACCAAGAAGGAUUCCAAGGUCACAGGGAAUGGUUGGCAGAAGUUAAUUAUUUGGGGCAACUACAUCACCCGAACCUGGUGAAGUUGAUUGGCUACUGCUUAGAGGAUGAACACCGGUUACUAGUUUAUGAGUUCAUGCCUCGUGGAAGCUUGGAAAAUCAUCUCUUUAGAAGGGGUUCAUACUUUCAACCACUUUCUUGGAACCUUCGCAUGAGGGUUUCUUUGGGGGCAGCUAAGGGGCUUGCUUUCCUACAUAGUGCUGAAACAAAAGUUAUUUACAGAGACUUCAAGACUUCUAACAUACUUUUAGAUUCAAAUUACAAUGCAAAGCUUUCAGAUUUUGGAUUGGCCAAGGAUGGUCCAGAAGGUGAUAAAAGUCACGUGUCCACUAGGGUUAUGGGCACAUAUGGAUAUGCCGCUCCUGAGUAUCUGGCCACAGGCCAUUUAACCGCAAGGAGUGACGUCUACAGUUUCGGAGUUGUGCUGCUAGAAAUGUUAUCAGGUCGAAGAGCAGUGGAUAAGAACCGACCAUCUGGAGAACACAACUUAGUCGAGUGGGCCAAGCCGUGUCUGAAUAGUAAGCGUAAAAUAUUUCGAGUUUUAGACACGCGUCUCGAAGGUCAAUAUUCAUUAGGUGGAGCACAAAAGGCAGCUAAUUUAGCUCUGCAAUGCUUAUCCUCCGAACCCAAAUUUAGACCGAACAUGGAUGAAGUUGUGAAGGCGUUGGAACAACUUCAGGAAACAAAAGACGCAAAAUCAAAUAAUGAAAAAGAAAUCUUGGGUGAUAAAAAACUUUCCAGCAGUACUGGCGGUCCGAAGCACCGAAGAAGAAGUGCAGGUGAAGCUUGUGAUGGAAAUGGAGCUUCAGCUUCAGCUUCAGUUUCUUAUCCUAGACCAUCUGCAUCCCAACUUUAUACGUAAAAACCAUAUAAAUUUGUUAAUUAGAUGCAACUGUCUAAUGUCUUUUUGCUUAGGAAAAGAAAAAUAACUUAUAGGUGUGGAGAAGAAGAAUUGAAGAAGGCGUGUGGAGGGGCUUUGACACUUACUGUACUGUAAUAUUUGUUCGAUUGUUGUACAGUGGUUAUCAUUUUGAUGGAAGUGUAUUGGAGUUGAUCUCUAAUGUUGUUGUUUCUGCCUUGUAAAAUCUGGAGAAUAUAAACAUUUGAUGCUAAAUUUUGGUCUCCAGGAA